UAAACACAGUUUGCUCCUUGUUCUGCUUAGUAUGUGUCAAAUAUUUUUACACGUCUGCUACUAGUAUUAAAUUCAGAUUUUAUAUACAAUGAGUGAAGCUACUGAGGGUGAUCUUUUACAAGCUAUUAGAGAGUCGCUACAAAAAGAUGGCACCCUGGGGAGAUUCAAAGGAGAAAUAAGAGCUGCUAUUAUGACCGUAUUGAAUCGAAAUUCCGAAUGUCACGAUGCUCCAAAAAUUCCAGACGAGACCAAGUUGAUAAAUGAUUUGAUUAGGGAAUAUUUAUCGUGGAAUGGAUAUCUUUAUACCGAACAAAUACUUUCUGCAGAAUCCGGACAAUCAAGCGAUAGGACUGGCAGAGAUGUUUUAACAACCAAGUUAGGUGUUAUGGAUGAUUCCAAAACAGCGAAAAUUCCGUUAUUGUAUUAUAUUGUGUCAGCUUUCCAAAAUACCGACGAUUCUUAAGAAUUACUUUAUUUUAUGUAAUAUUUAUUUCUUAUAAAUAAAAAAACAUAUAGGAUGUA